AAACUGUCAAUGUCAUUCGCCAAAAAAGUGUCAACCUGUCAAAUGAUCACUAUUGUAUGCUCUGUAUGGUAGGAAUAUUGAUAAAAUUUUAGCAAAAUGGUACAAGGCGACCACCCUCCAGAUGAUAAUUUAUUUAGAGCCUUUAUAAGCGCGGUAUACAAUACUAUAGAUGCUCCUGUAACAUGGAUACGAGAGAAGGUCGUGGAGCCAAACCAGAAGAAAUAUCCGUGGUACCACAGGCAGUAUCGUCGAGUUCCUACCAUCGACCAAUGUUAUACUGACGAUGUACUCUGCGACUACGAAGCAAAUUUGCAGUUUAAACGUGAUAGAGCGGUGGAUUCUGAGAUUUUGAAUAUACUGCGUAUGCGCUAUGAGGACUGCAUGUUGUAUGAAAAUCCUGACCAUUUGACUGUAUGCAAACCAUUUUGGGAAAAAUACAAAGCUGCUGAGGAAGCUUGGUUUAUCAAAUAUGGUGACCUCGGUGCAUACGCUGAUGCUAGAAAAGCCUACAUGAAACAAAAGCAUCGUAUGAUCUGGGAGAGACGUCACGGUCCUCUCUCUGAGCAUACAAAGUGAAAAAAAAAAUGAAAUGUUAAUAUAUAAGUAGAUAACAUGUUCUUGCAAUAAAAAUUUUAGUAAAUAUUG